GUAGGAGAGAAAGGAGAGCGCGGGAGGAGGGUAAAUGAGAAAGGGAGAGGGAGGGAGAGAGCUGGCCCCGAGUCAGCAGCCAUAUUGCGCGCACAUGCACGCGCGCACACCCCGGCACCGAAAGAUUGAAAGACAGAGGGGGAGAGAGAGGGGCGGGGCGGGGCGCGGCUCUCACCCCCUCCCCCUUCCCCCGCCCCCGCCCUCCCUCUAGCCCGCCCGGGGCCCCUGGGAGCCGAGGAGCUGCAGCUGCGAGUGGGAGAGGCGCACUAGCGCACUGACUGCAGGCAAGGCAGGCGGGACGGAGCAGCCCAAGGCUGAGCUUGCACUCGGGGAAAGAAGAGAACUCUUUGCAUGAAAGCUUUGUUUGGAGGGCAAUUGAGGAACACAUCAGAAACCGAAAAUGCCGAAGCCAAUCAAUGUCCGUGUUACCACCAUGGAUGCAGAACUGGAGUUUGCCAUCCAGCCCAAUACCACUGGAAAGCAACUCUUUGACCAGGUGGUUAAGACCAUUGGCCUUCGGGAAGUGUGGUACUUUGGCCUCCAAUAUGUGGAUAAUAAAGGAUUUCCAACCUGGUUGAAGCUUGAUAAAAAGGUCUCUGCUCAGGAGGUCAGAAAGGAGAGCCCCCUCCAGUUCAAAUUCCGGGCCAAGUUCUACCCAGAGGAUGUGCCCGAGGAGCUGAUCCAGGACAUCACCCAGAAGUUGUUCUUCCUACAAGUGAAAGAUGGAAUCCUAAGUGAUGAAAUCUACUGCCCGCCCGAGACGGCUGUGCUCCUGGGGUCCUACGCCGUCCAAGCCAAGUUUGGAGAUUAUAAUAAAGAGGUGCACAAGUCCGGCUACCUUGGCUCCGAACGUUUGAUCCCUCAAAGAGUAAUGGACCAACACAAGCUCUCCAGAGAACAGUGGGAGGACCGGAUCCAGGUGUGGCAUGCUGAACACCGUGGGAUGCUUAAAGAUAAUGCCAUGCUGGAAUAUCUGAAGAUUGCUCAAGACUUGGAGAUGUAUGGGAUCAAUUAUUUUGAGAUAAAAAACAAAAAAGGAACAGACCUUUGGCUUGGAGUGGAUGCCCUGGGGCUGAAUAUUUAUGAGAAAGAUGAUAAAUUGACCCCCAAAAUUGGCUUCCCUUGGAGUGAAAUCAGGAACAUCUCUUUCAAUGACAAAAAGUUUGUCAUCAAACCCAUCGACAAGAAGGCACCUGACUUUGUAUUUUAUGCUCCUCGCCUCCGGAUUAAUAAGCGGAUCCUUCAGCUUUGCAUGGGGAACCAUGAGCUCUACAUGCGCCGUAGGAAGCCAGAUACCAUCGAGGUACAACAGAUGAAAGCCCAGGCACGGGAAGAGAAGCACCAGAAACAGCUGGAGAGGCAGCAGUUGGAGACUGAAAAAAAGAGAAGAGAGACUGUGGAACGAGAGAAGGAGCAGAUGCUGAGAGAGAAGGAGGAACUGAUGAUGAGGCUUCAGGACUAUGAACAGAAGACCAAGAAAGCAGAAAAGGAGCUCUCAGAUCAGAUCCAGAGGGCUAUUCAACUGGAAGAAGAGAGGAAGAGAGCCCAGGAAGAGGCUGAGCGUCUUGAGGCCGACCGUGUGGCUGCUCUCCGAGCCAAGGAGGAACUGGAGAGACAGGCUGUAGAUCAGAUAAAGAGCCAGGAGCAGCUGGCUGCUGAACUUGCUGAAUACACCGCCAAGAUUGCUCUCCUGGAAGAGGCAAGGAGGCGUAAGGAGGAUGAAGUCGAAGAAUGGCAGAUCAGGGCCAGGGAAGCCCAAGAUGAUCUUGUCAAGACCAAGGAAGAGCUUCACCAGGUGAUGACCGCCCCUCCACCACCCCCACCUCCUGUGUACGAGCCUGUGAAUUACCACGUGCAUGAGAACCUACAGGACGAAGGGACUGAAUACAGCGGCUACAGCGCCGAGUUCUCCAGCGAGGGCAUCAUGGAUGACCGAAAUGAAGAAAAACGAAUCACUGAGGCUGAGAAGAAUGAGCGUGUGCAGAGACAGCUGCAGACACUGACAAAUGAGCUGUCCCAGGCCAGGGAUGAGAAUAAGAGGACCCACAAUGACAUCAUCCACAACGAGAACAUGAGACAAGGACGGGACAAGUACAAGACUCUGAGACAGAUUCGACAGGGGAACACAAAGCAGAGAAUCGAUGAGUUUGAAGCUAUGUAAAAAUGAGGACUGUGGGGAAAGGCAGAUCUGAACACAUUGACUUUUCUGAGGGGGUCACUGUAUGACACAUACAAAUAUGUCUAUUUUUUAGUAUUCUAUAAAUCCAGAAACUCCCUACAAUAUUCCAGGUUCUCUGACUGAGAGAGAAUAAUUAUUCAGUGGGAAUAUUCUGGGGGCUGGGAAGUGGUGUGGGGUUGGGGGGAUGCCUAGAGAAUUUCCUGUUUGUAUCCUAGUGCCAAACAGGUCUGGAGCAGAAUCGAUUGAGAAUAAGCAUCUAUAAAGCCUGGUAAAGGAAUAGCAUUUCAUGCUGGCAUGUGUGAUGCAUCAGGAUUGAGUGUAAUUAAAGAAAACCACAUUGUAGCCAGUCACGGUGCCAUACUUGAUUCUCUCUCUCUCUCUCUCUCUCUCUCUCUCUCUCUCUCUCUCUCUCUCUUUCUCUCUCUGUCUCUCUCCUCUCUCCUCUUUCUCUCUCUCCUCUCUCCUCUUUCUCUUUCUCUCCCUCUUCUCUCUCCCUCUUUCUCUCUCUCUCUCUCUCUCCCUCUUUCUCUCUCUCUCUGUCUCUCUUUCUCUCCCUCUUCUCUCUCUCUCCCUCUUUCUCUCUCUCUCCCCCCACUUCCCUCUUCCUCUCCUCCCUCUUCAAAGAAAUUAGCUUAAGAAGUGCCUGAUUCAGUUUUCAUUCUAUGGAAGAUCCAUCUUUGUAAAUGUAUGUUCCUAAAGUGCUCAUUUUAAAAGAUUGGUCUUAAAAAAGAAAAGGCCCUCCUUCCCCACCAUGGUCUCUUUUUCUCCCUUCUUAGUUAAGAAACAUUCCUGCAGUGAUCACUCAGAAGGAACAAUAUAGGAACACACUCUGAUACCUUAUUUUGCAUGACAGCUAGGUUUACUUUGAACUUCUCUACACCUAAUGUGUUAUACUCUGACUUAAUUAAUGAUCAGCUAUAGAGUGUAGUAUUUAUAUAUAAAUAUAAGUGAUAAUAAACAUGGGUUGUAACGUUAGUUUAAAAAAGGGAAAAGUUUUGUUCUGUAUAUUUUGUUACCUUUUACAGAAUAAUAAAGGAAUUAAUAUGAAAAAAACAUUUAGACAAGGUACUUAAAUCGAAUGUACUGUGAUGGCAGUCACGAGACUGAUUACUCAAUGUGAUCACAUUUGUAAAAUGAUUUUUUUAUUGUGCUUUUCUUGCAUGUGAUUCAGUAUACAUACAUGCAUAUAUAUAUAUAUAAACACUUCACUUUUUUUCUAACAGAGCUUUUAAUUUUUUUAAAAGACGAUGUUGAUGAAUAACAAUUCAGACUCCAACCAUGAAGGGACUGUUGAAUCCUGCUUUAUCAUCUUUGUAUUGUCACAAGGAAAACAUCACUAUGUCCUCUUUUCCAAUCCAUCAGCGUGUCUGGGGGUACACUGUCCACCCUGCUUCCUCACCAACUUCCUCCUUAAGCUUUUGUCUUUUUUCCCAAGUGAAAACAUCAUGCAGACAUCUUCUGCACCGCGUACACGAAAAUAAAAGAUCUGCAAGGUGAUGCAUAGCA